UUUUCAAAGCCUCCCUCUUCUCCCCUCCUAUGUUGUCACAUGCCAUUAAUGUCCUAAAAGCUUUUCCUCUCUCUUUCCUUUUUUAUUUUUUCUUAAUAUGCAAAACAAAAUACAAAUAUUUUUGCAUAAUAAUAAUAUAUACCAAUCUCAUAUUUCUUUGUAAAAAUUAUAUAUAGCCAUUGAUAACAUAUAUAAAGAUCACUAUAGGAUAUAUUCAUAUUGACAAUUUGUCCUAUAGUUUGGCCCUGAAAUCUGGUUAUUUCAGUCUCUGCAGCUCCUAUUAAAGGGAAGCAUUUGGAUGGAAUUAUUUGCUUGGAACUGCAUGCCACAGUUGGACAAAUAUGCUAAUAAUACCUUAAUGGCUUCUUAUUAGAAACUUUUGCAAGCCUCGAUAUGAGGCAAAUGUCGCUAUAGAAGGUGACAAAGAGGCUUGAAGAUGGAUCAUAUUAGUUCACUUCUUGAUAAAUUUUGUCUUGAUUUUCACAUUGGCUCCUCCAAGCUUAAACUUUGGUACUUGUGACUGUAAAAGUAUCGGAUGGCCCCAAGGCAUCCCCGCCUUAUCUCCAGACGGUCUCAUGGAAAAGUCAUUUUUAUCGUGCUCUUGAUACUUGUACCGAUUUUGCUCUUUGGCAUAUACCUCCAUGGCCAUAAAAUCUCUUAUUUUUUCCGCCCACUUUGGGACGAACCUCCACCUCCGUUCGAGCAUUUGCCACAUUAUUAUGCUGAAAAUGUUUCUAUGGAUAAUCUUUGUCGUCUACAUGGAUGGACCCUACGUCCUGAACCACGUCGUGUAUUUGAUGGGAUCAUAUUCAGCAAUGAGCUUGACUUGCUUGAAAUAAGGUGGCGCGAGCUCUACCCUUAUGUUACAAAAUUUGUCAUCUUAGAAGCCAACACCACUUUUACCGGACUCCCAAAGCCGUUGUACUUCUCCGACCAUCGGGAACGAUUUGCAUUUGCUAAGGAUAAGAUUGUACAUGGUGUAUUUCCUGGCCGUAUUGCGUCCCCUGAGGUCCACGAAGAUCCCUUUAAACUAGAAGGACAACAGCGCAUCGCCAUGAACAGGUUACUUCAUGCUGCUGGUAUCUUUGAAGAUGACCUCCUCAUUAUGUCAGACACCGAUGAAAUCCCGAGCCACCACACUAUUAAACUUCUUCAGUGGUGCGAAGGGGUGCCUCCCGUGCUACAUCUUGAGCUUAGGCAUUACAUGUACUCCUUUGAGUUCCCUGUCGACUAUAGUAGCUGGCGUGCCACUGUUCACAUUUACAACAGGUGGACUAAGUAUAGACAUUCCCGCCAAACGGAUCUUAUACUUUCUGAUGCUGGUUGGCAUUGUAGCUUUUGCUUUCGGCAUCUGCAAGAUUUUGUAUUCAAAAUGACUGGUUACAGUCACGCAGACAGAGUUCGACGUAAAAACUUUUUAGAGUAUUCUAGGAUUCAGAAGAUGAUAUGUGAGGGAGCUGAUCUUUAUGACAUGUUACCUGAGGAAUAUUCUUUUCAAGAAUUGAUCAAGAAAAUGGGAUCAAUACCUCGCUCAGCAUCUGCAGUUCACCUUCCAACAUACGUCAUUGAAAAUGCAGAUAAGUUUCGGUUCCUUCUCCCAGGAGGUUGUCAGCGAUCAACGCGAUGAUUCUCUUCAUUUGUCAA